AUGGAACGGUUUGUUUGGAAUCUUGAACCUUGUUCAUUCAUUUUCUCUUGUUGCUGGCCAGUUUUUUGGUUGCUGGGUCAGAAUAAUUACUACAAUCAGACUAGUAAAUUGUUAUUGAUCAUUAACAUUCACAUACAUACAAAUCCAUAAGAAUUCCUACCAAACAUUGGGAAAUCCUUCUUCUACUUAAACAUUUUCUCUCAUGUUGCUUUGGAUUUUUGAUUGAGAUUUGAUUUUGAUUUUAUUUUCUUAGGAAUACCUCUUUUUGAUUCCGUCGCCUUUACAGACAGAGCAUAUUUGCUGCGUCGAAGUGUUUAUUUGUUUUUAUUUGGAAGUUUACGAGUAUCAACAAUAACAACAAAAAUAACUUUGCGCCUAUCCAGGUACUGCACCAUCGUCUAAACUUCGAGUAUUCAUCACCACCAUCGCUCUUGCCAACAACGACAGCAACAUACCUUCAAUUACUCUACAUUUACGUAUUCCGGCUUCGCGACUGCCAAUACUAGGUGCCUUUGCGUGCCUUUGUCAACAAUGCCUCCUUCCUCUCAAUUGAAAUAUGGGCAAAUCAUCGAGUACAUCCCAGGUGUGUUACUCUAUUUACAAUAUUGUCAAAACAUCAUUCACCGCGCGGCGCGAACCAUUGGGCAUCUGACGCUCAGUAUCAUUAUCUUAUUGAUAUUAUGCAUCCAAUGGACUACAAUUCUAUGCUCGAGUGGGCAACAUUACUACCUAAUGAUAAAUUUACUGGCGCCUGCGCAGAGAAAGGACCAAAACAACCCCGAGAGGAGGAUAGACCGUUCCACUGGCUAACAUAUACAGACCGAUUGUAUUUAGCAUCUUACACUACACCUCCUUCGGCCGAUACUCUCUUCCCUUACCCUGAGCAACAGAGCUCUCGACGAUCUCCGACGAAGCGGUCAGCAAGAGCUGCAGAUGGACCUUCAGUCGUUUCGGGCAAAAGAGAACCACCACAUUAUUUCACCGUCGAUGAUACACUCCUGUACAACGCCUUUCACCAUGACUUUGGACCAUUACACAUUGGACAUCUCUAUAGAUUUGCAGUUCAAUUCCACGACAUCCUUGGCGCCCCGGAAAAUAAGAACAAACCUGUUGUAUUCUGGAGUAAAGCAAAUGCGCGUAGUAAGCUACUUUGUUUCAUAAGAGUUCGCUGGUCAAAAAACUAAUUGAGUGAUUUAGGUCGAGCCAACGCUGCGUGUCUCUUAGCCACGUAUAUGGUCUUGAUCCAAUCAUGGGCACCCCAUCUCGCGCUUGCGCCAAUCGCUCAAGCAGACCCACCUUUGAUGCCUUUCCGCGAUGCAGGAUACAGUCAAGCAGAUUAUGGUAUUACGGUUCAAGAUGUUGUGUAUGGUGUCUGGCGCGCAAAGGAGCAAGGAUUUUGUGCUCUUCCACAAUUCGAUCUCGAGGAGUAUGAAAGGUUCGAACGCGUGGACCAGGGUGAUUUCAAUUGGUUGACUCCCGAUUUCCUUGCAUUUGCUUCCCCACAACAUAGCCCUGUGCAGCCAAUACUUCCUUCUUCUCCACUAUAUGCGACUCUGCCAACAACUCUGGAAGAAGUGGAUACCCACCCAACCUUACCCAUACCCUUCAAGAAUGUUUUGAAACAUUUCACAUCUCGGAACAUUGGUUUAGUAGUUCGUUUGAACUCGGAGUUAUACUCUUCGUCUUAUUUCACGGCGCUUGGUAUUGAACACUUGGAUAUGAUCUUUGACGACGGCACGUGCCCACCACUUAGUAUUGUUCGAAAGUUCAUUACUUUAGCACAUGACAUGAUCACUGUUCAGGACAGGGGCAUUGCUGUGCAUUGUAAGGCUGGACUUGGACGGACAGGAUGUUUGAUUGGGGCAUACUUAAUCUACCGAUAUGGAUUCACUGCCAACGAGAUCAUCGCGUAUAUGCGCUUCAUGAGACCGGGGAUGGUUGUUGGUCCUCAACAACAUUGGCUUCAUCUUAACCAAGGAACUUUCCGAGAGUGGUGGAUUGAGGAACAGUUCGAAGUGAGAAUGAGGGAGAAGCUCGCCAACAUGGCCCCAAUCACACCAAAAAAGGGACAUUUCGCAACCAGAAGUCAAAUUGUCACUCCUCCAAAUGGCAAUCAAAGAACCCCACUUGGCGAAGUAGACAAUGAAAGAAGUCAUAGCAUCGGAGCUCAGGAAGAUUACUUGCCAGCACCAACACCAGGUCAACCAAGAAAGACAGGCAGGGGUGACCGCCACCAUCCAUAUGGACGUCACGGUUCGGCAUACAGCUCUACAGAAGACGAUAAUACACAUUGUGAAACUGAAGUGAUUUCAAUACACCGAUCAUCAACUGAUGCUACCGAGUCUGAGGAGGAAUGGCAGCUCCGUAUGCGUACCAGCCGCAAAACAUCAAGGUCCCCAACUCGAAGCGAGAAAUCAGGGAGAUCCAUAAGCCAGACCACUACGACAAUCUAUACAUCGAUAGAUGACAGUAGUUACGAUGUUGAAAAUAUCGGUGCUGGAGGUCGACCCAAGACACCAUCUGCCGUCAAAUCUGGUAGUGGCUCACUUGGAAAGGUUCGAGGCAGCCCUAAGCGGAGUGGGGACAGUCUCCGCAAUAAAGAAACAUCCGGAGCAGUUCGCAAAACCAGUGGGAGAGUUGGGAGUAUUGGCACUCGCAAGGUCUCAGGCUUGUAAAUGAUUCACGUUACGAAAGCAAUCUUUGUACUCUGUAGUACCUUUGACAUGCAUUUUAGAAUUCCGCGUCGAUGUUGUUGUUACAGCAUACAUGAAGCAAAUGUGGAGAGUGGUGUGUGGCGUUAUUGAAUUAAACUUUACCGUCUGCUAGUGCAAAUGUUGAGUAUAUCAAGCUUGUUUGGUCUUUUUUUGGCAUCUACAACUGCUUGUUUGUCUAUUGGAUGGAGUUACAUUUGGGAUUGUGUUCAUCUUUCCUCCGCGCCUUUGCUUGGACUUUAAUGAUGAUGGUGACUAUGGAUUGGAUGGAUAUAUUUGAAAGUGGAAUGCGGAGGGGGGCAGGGCGGGAGCUUGUGGGGAAUGGUGGUCUUUAAACGUAUUUUGCUCUACGGUUGGGUCUGGGUUGGUGUAUGAAAUGGUGUUGGUUGUCUUGAUUGAUUGUCUGUCCCUUUUUACAAAAUCAUCACGAGAUCAUGAGAAUUAAGAAUGGUAUGGAUGGUGCUGUUUGAAUGUACGUAGGUGGCCUGGGCUUCUUACUAUAUAACAUACAUACGUACGUUAGUACUACUCACGGGUAGAAUUUAAUCCAAUCAUUAUGAAUACAACUAUAAAU